AGGUCAAGGAGCUUCUCCACGAGCUGCCCGACGACUGGGACGUGUGCCUGCUCGGCGCCGUGGGAUGCGUGGAUCCUGUCAAAGAGCCCAUUCACAUGCAGGUCUACGGGCUUAUCGUCGGCGGCUGGCACCCCUCGCCGGGGAAGUCUCGCCUCGUCUCGAAGAACGUCUUCGUGCCGUACAAGCCAGCAGGCACCCACGCCUACAUGGUGUCCCAGCGCGGUGCCGCCAAGAUGCUCAAGAGGAACCCCAAGGCUCGAUACCACGUAGACGUCACUGCGUGGUCUCAGCAGGACCUCAACCUGUAUGCCGCCAAGGACUUUCUGGCCACGCAGCGUUUCGGCGACGACACCACGGUCUCGAAGACCGGGAAGCCGCUGACGGAGGGGUUCCUCCGGUGGAUAUGGACAAUCUCUGGCAUUGGCAGCAUGGGGUCGCGCGCGGGUGUUGAGAACCUCACGUGGGCCUGGAAGGUCGCGCUCUUCUCGAUCCCGCUCCCGUUCGGGAGGCACGUCAUCGUCGAGACUGGGCCGGCAAGCAUCCCGUUCCUCGCGGUCAUGAUCGUAGGUGCGGCGACUCGCAAUCUGAAGUUGAUCGGUGGCGCGCUCACCUACUUCACGAUUUUGAUUUCGAUCAUACGAGCACUCGCAGGCAACUUCAACCUUGUUCCGUUGGGGUCGCUGGCGCUCACGAGCGGGGCCCUGCUUCUGCGUGGUUGAGGUACGCAGGACCACCGCUGUCGUGCGUGCGAUGUUCCAUAAUAAUUCGUGGGAGUUUGACUGGACAAAACACAUCAGAAGGUAAGACGGUUACCUUGGCCCUCGCCACCAGACCACAUCACGGCACGCGACUCGCCGCAUUCCUCCUGCUCCGUCCACCUGGAACCCGGUUCGGGAGGGGUUGGCAGCGGCCCCAGGCGGCGGGGGCCAACUUUGUGUUGGCCAGUCUACACCUUAGGCG